AUGAGCUGCAUAGAUUCAAAGAAUAAACGAGUUAUAUGCUAUGUAGAUGAAAAUUUAAACAAUAAUAUAUAUAGUGAAAGUGAGAAGACGUUUUUAAAAAAUAAUGUUGACUGGAAUAAAAUUAAAUUGUUAAAUACUUCAAAUAUAAAACCUGUGGUUGCAGGAGUCGAAAAAAAACUUGUAUUAGAUACAAGUGAAAAUAAGUACGUUCGUCAAAUGAAUAAUGUUAAUGAUAAAAAUAAAAAAAAUAAUGUUAUUUUUAAUAUUGAUGGGAAAAAGAAAGAUAUACGAACACAUUUAUAUCAAGAUGGGGAUCCUAUAGAGAGGCAUGUUAAAGAAAAAGAGGAUAUGUAUUAUGAUAAAGAGAAUAAUUUAGAGGAGUAUAAAAAUAAUAAGAGUGAUGAUGAAAUUGAUAAUGUAGAUCGUAAUGGUAUAUAUAAUAUUAAUAUUAAAACAAAUAAUAAAAUAUAUAGUAAUUUACAAAAUGAGAUGCAUGAUAAUAUAUGUAAUAAUGAACAUAAAUAUAACAUAAACAAUGUAAAUAAUAUAAAUAAUAUAAAUAAUAUUAAUAAUAUAAAUAAUAUAUAUAAUAUUAAUAAUUUAAAAAAUAAUAUAUCUAGUGUUUUUCAAGAGAAAUUUUCUAAUAGAUAUACGAAUUUAUUAGAAGAUGAUGAUUUACUUAUGGAAAAACAAGAUGAUACAAAUAUUAAUUUAAAUUAUCAAAGGUGUUAUCAAAACUAUUAUAAUAAAAAUAAAAAAUAUAUUUAUAAUGAUACUGAUGAUGAUAAUGAUAAAAAAUGUGUAAAAAAAAAUCAUGUACACAAUAAGGAUAAAUGUAAAAAUAAUAAAUACUUUUUAACAAACGAUGAUUUGUCAUAUAAUGAAGAUAUAUUGUCAUCAAGCACAAAUACAUGUGAUACAUUAGAUAAAAUAAAAUUAGAUAAUAUAUAUGGAUCUUUUAUAGAUGAUGUUAAGAGCUCUUUUGUAUUAACAAAAAAUAUGAAAAAGAGUUUUACUCACUAUAUUCAUAAACAAAAAAAUAAAGAAAAAAAUAAAGAUAAUGAAAUACAUCAUGAUAAUAAUACGGAUCAAAAUGAAUAUUCUGAUUUUAACGAUUUUGAUGUUUCUUCAAAUAAUAAUAUGAAUGAACAAGAAAAGAAAAAUGAUAAUAUAAAUAAUCAACAUAUUACUAAAGAAAAAAUGACUAUGUUACAUUAUCAAAAUAUAUAUGAUCAUGAAUGUAAAGAAAACGAAAACAAAUCAACUAAUUCAAUUAUUUACAUUGAAGAUAAUAAUUCUUUAAAAAGUGAAGUAAUAUUAAUUGAUGAUACACAAAGUAAAUGUACAAAUGGAAAUUAUAAAUCUCCAUUAUCACAUGAAAAAAAUGAAGAUGACUAUCCCGAAACGAAGGAUAGUUAUAAAAAUAUAUUUCAUAUAAUGAAAGAACAAAACAAAUUAAGAAGCUUAUCAUUAAAUAGGAAUAAUGAAAACGUUAAAAAAUUCGGUAUACAAAAUGUACAACAUUUAUUUAAUUCGAACAAUUUGUUAAAUAAAGAAAAAAAUAUAGAAAACCAAGAAGAUGAUGAAAAUGAAGAAGAAACACAUGAGGGAAAACACACUAACUCUAAUUCUGAAAAUUAUUAUGAAAAUAAAAUAGAAAGUGAUUUUUUUUCAAAUAGUGAUUAUCCUAAGUUGGAUGAAAAAAAUGAAGACAAUUAUGAACAAUCAAGUGACGAAUAUCACGACAUACAAAAGGUAAAUGAUGAUAUAAACGUUCAAGUGGGUAGUAAUCAUAUAAACCUUAAGGAAAAGUAUAAGGGAGAAAUUGGAGAUGAUUAUGGAAUUAAUAGCGAAAAUGAAAGGGGAAGUUAUAGUGAUAGUAGAAGUGCCAGUUAUAGAAGUGAGAGUUAUAGAAGUGAGAGUAACAGAAGAAGUGAGAGUGACGGAAGGAGUGAGAGCGACGGAAGGAGUGAGGGCGACAGAAGAAGUGAGAGUGACAGAAGAAGUGAAGGUGACAAAAGAAGUGAAGGUGACAAAAGAAGUGAAGGUGACAAAAGAAGUGAGAGCGACAAAAAAAGUGAAAGUGACAAAUCAUCAAACGAUGAUGAUAAAAGAAGCAAUGAUGGAAAUACAUCUGAAAGUGAAAGAAGUGAAGUUAGCGAAAAGAGUUCUUAUGUGUCUUCAGAAAAACCUAAAAAAAGACCUUAUUUUUAUGAAAACGUUUCUAGUAAAAUUACAGGGUUUUUCUUUCAAGUAAAGAAAAAAAUUAAUAAGAAUAAUGACGAAGAUGAUGAUUAUAGUGAGAGUAGAAGAAGCAGUGAAAGUAGACAGAGAAGUGAAAGUAGAAGAAGUAAUGUAAGCAGAAGAAGUGAUGUAAGCAAAAAGGAUGAUAUGAGUGUAAAAAGUGAUGCAAGCCGAAGAAGUGAUGCAAGCCGAAGAAGUGAUGCAAGUAGAAGAAGUGAUGUAAGCAAAAAGGAUGAUAUAAGUGCAAAAAGCGAUGCAAGCAAAAAGGAUGAUAUAAGUGCAAAAAGUGAUGUAAGUAGAAGAAGUGAUGUAAGCCGAAGAAGUGAUGCAAGCCGAAGAAGUGAUGCAAGCCGAAGAAGUGAUGCAAGCCGAAGAAGUGAUGCAAGCCGAAGAAGUGAUGCAAGUAGAAGAAGUGAUGUAAGCAAAAAGGAUGAUAUAAGUGCAAAAAGCGAUGCAAGCAAAAAGGAUGAUAUAAGUGCAAAAAGCGAUGUAAGUAGAAGAAGCGAUGUAAGCAUAAGGAAUGAUAUAAGUGCAAGAAGCGAUGUUAGCAGAAAAAGUGAGGUAAGUAGAAGGAGCAAUGUUACUAAUAAAUUGAGUGAUAGGGAAAAUGAAAAAAACGAGGAAACAAAAUUAAGUGAAAUAGAUGUAACACAAGUGAAUGAUAUACAUAAAGAUAUUACAAAUAAAGAAGAAGAUAAUGAAAAAAUAAUUAAAGUUCGUAAGACAAGAAAAAAAAGAAUAGUAGCGGAUAAUAAUAAAAAGGUUGCUAUGAAAAAACCAAAAAUACCAAAAGAGGGAACUAAAAUAAUAAAAAAAGGAGGUAUUAAAAAAAAAGGUAAGAAUGAAAAUGAUCGAGAAGAAGAAGAAAGAAAAUGUAAUAUUUGUAAUAUGACAUUUAUAAAUAAUCAAUUAAUGAUGAGACAUGUAAACAGCGUACAUUCUGAUGAAAGACCUUUUGAAUGUAAAAUAUGUCAUAAGUCUUAUAAAAGAGGUGAUCAUUUAAAAAUCCAUUUAUUAGGACAUAAAAUAAGUGAAGAAAAAAAUAAAUAUCAAUGUCCUAUAUGUAAAACAUCAUGUAAAUCAUCAAGAGAAUUAAUUAUUUGUCAGAAAAGUCAUUCUGAAGGAUAUAAGAAACCAGGUUAUACUAGUGCUUCUUCUAAGUUAAAUCAAAAAGGUGAUUCGAAUGUACUUUCUUUGAUUAAUGGUAAAAAAAAUUCUCGUAGUAAAAAUGUAAAACAAAAGCAAAUAGAAAAUGAUAACAGCAAUGAUAAUAAUAAUAAUAAUUCAAAAAUGAAGAAAAACGACAAAAGAGAUAAACUACAUAACGGUGUGAUGGAAAAUAGCACAAUGAAUGAUGAUGAUAAUAAUAUGUUACAACUUAUGGAUGAAAAAAACAUUACAGAAGGAAAAGAAGGUGAAGUCCAAAAAAUUUCUAGAAAAGGUAGUUUUUCAAUAGAAGGAAGGACUUGUAAUAUAUGUAAGAUGGUUUUUGCAAAUAAAAAAUUAAUGAAAAGACAUUUAAUGUGUGUACAUUCAGAUGAUAGACCAUAUAAAUGUGAUAUAUGCUUUAAAUCAUAUAAAAGAUCUGAUCAUUUAAGAAAUCAUUUAAGUUCACAUAAUAAAACUAACGAGGAAAAGAAACAUAUUUGUUUAAUUUGUGAACAAAGUUUUGCAACAGCAAAAGAAUUAAAACAUCAUAAAAUCAAACAUUAUAAAUGUCCUUAUGAAAAUUGUUCUUAUACUUAUUCUACAAUUUCAAAAAUGAAAUACCAUUUAAAUAAACAUAGAUGUAAUUUAGUAUAUACAUGUCCUGGUUGCUCUCAAACUUUUGUUAUAUAUAAAGAUUAUAUUGAACAUAAAAAAAUGUGUUUUAAAAAAAAAUAUGUAUGCUUGGAAUGUAAUAAAAUAUAUUUACACUUGAACGGUUAUAAUAAACAUAUUAAUAAAAUACACUUAAAAAUUAAUACAGUUUUUAAAUGUAAAAUAAAGGAUUGUAAUAAACAAUUCUGUUCCGAUUUCAGCUUAAAAGAACAUGUUAUCAAUUUUCAUAAGGGCAUUAAGAGAUUUUUCUGUAGCAAAUGUAAUAUAUCUUUUGGAUAUAGAAGUUCGUUUAGAAGGCACAACGUUAAUAUGCACUCAUAA